AUGGACUACCUGAGUCACUACAGAGACCCCCAAGGACCACCUGCGUCACUACACAGACCCCAUGGACCACCUGCGUCACUACAGACACCCCCAAGGACCACCUGCGUCACUACACAGACCGGAUGGACCACCUGCGUCACUACACAGACCCCAUGGACCACCUGCAUCACUACACAGACCCCAUGGACAACCUGCGUCACUACACAGACCCCAUGGACCACCUGCGUCACUACACAGACCCCAUGGACCACCUGCAUCACUGCACAGACCCCAUGGACCACCUGCGUCACUACAGACACCCCCAAGGACCACCUGCGUCACUACACAGACCGGAUGGACCACCUGCGUCACUACACAGACCCCAUGGACCACCUGCGUCACUACACAGACCCCAUGGACCACCUGCAUCACUACACAGACCCCAUGGACCACCUGCGUCACUACAGACACCCCCAAGGACCACCUGCGUCACUACACAGACCGGAUGGACCACCUGCGUCACUACACAGACCCCAUGGACCACCUGCAUCACUACACAGACCCUAUGGACCACCUGUGUCACUAUACAGACCCCAUGUACCACCUGUGUCACUACACAGACCCCAUGGACCACCUGUUCACUACAGAAAUCCCAUGGACCACCUGCGUCGCUACAGAUACCCCCAUGGACCACCUUCGUCACUACAAAGACCCCAUGGACCACCUGCCUCACUACAGAAACCCCAUGGACCACCUGCGUCACUACAGAGACCCCAUGGACACUGUAAAUUUCUUCUGCAAAAAUACUGA